AUGUCGCACAGAUUAUCGGGAAAGGCUGCUGUUGUAACUGGAGGGGAAAGUGAAAUUGGGCAAUCGAUUUCUGAAUUAUUUGCUAGAGAAGGUUGCAGUGUGGCGGAUGUGACCUCAUCCGACCAAGCACAAAGGGCCUUCGAGACUGCCGAGGAAAAACUUGGAAAAAAAAAUUGCAGUGCUUGCUGCGCAGAAAUCGCAACCAGUCCAAUUUCUCUUGACCAGAUGGAAGAAACUGACUUCGACGACGUUAUUCGAGUUAAUUUGAAAGGUACUUUCAUGAUGUGCAAGCAAUUUUUGUUGUCACUGGAAAAGUUCAACACUAAUUGCAAUGACACCCGAGCAACCGAGGUGAAUAUAUCGAGCGGUACUGUCAUCAAAUGCGUAGCAAAAGUGUCCGAUUAUAUUGCUUCUAAAUUUGAGGUCGUUGGCAUCACCAAAACCUUGGCUGUGGAAUAUGGAAAACAUGAAGUUCGAUGCAAUGCAGUGUUACCUGGUCUAACUACAACGCCACUGCUAACGACGUUUACCAGAGAUUUUCUACAAGCGAUUGAAGAGGGUAUACCGAUGAAAAGAUUGGCGAAAGCAGACAAAAUAGCAAAAUGUAUUUUAUCCUGGCAUUCGACGAGAGUUCGUACGUAA